CUGGGUUCUGUCACUCCACCCCUCCACAUCUUUGAAGUGUAGCGGAGGACUGAGGGCUGAAUAGAGAGUCAGAGUACCACCGGACCGGUAUGUUAUAUACUGCAGACCUUCAGCCUCGAUUUCAUCUUCCUAUUUACGCUCUUUUUAAACACUGCACGUUGCCGCCUGCAUACGGUUGAGAUCUGACCAUAUACGAUAAACUCGACAUAGGAGAACAGCUGAUCUACGGAUGCUCGUGUCGGGCAAAAAUCACCAGAGCCAAACAAAUCUUCAGCCUCUGCAGUGAGGUGCAUUUGGUCGAUGAAGUCCUCUCAUCAUUGUGAUGUAUAAUGGCUCCUGUUGCGAGUGCUGUGUUAGGGUCAGAGGUCACAGUUUUGGCUAAAGGUGAACUGGCUCUUAUAGGCACACUCACAGCAUUCUCGGUUUUCCUGCUGAUCUCUGUUGUGCUGCUGCUGCUGUGUGCGAGCUGUCAGGGGCAGAAAAAAGGUAGCGGGCCUACAGGAGACCAUGAGAACCUGAUGAAUGGGGUGUCAGAGAAGGAAACGUGCAGCCAAUCAGCAGAGAGUCACGGCACAGAUUUGGCGUGCAACAGCUCCCAUGAUGGUCCUGUCACAAGUGGUACAGUACUCACAGACACGAUGGACAGUCCUCAGGCUUCAGAGGACAUGCUGUCCAGCCAAUCAGAGAUCAGGUCCUCCAAGUAUCAUCAGGACCGGGAAUUACCCAGCAUUCCACCCACCGAUGCCCUAAAUGCAGCCGUGCUCAAUGGUGAAGCUGCCCCGGGAGACGGCACGUACGAGGUGGUGAAGGACGCAGCGUCCCGAGACGUCAGCGCGGAGGACUCUCUGUACGAGACGGUGAAGGAGCUGAAAGACGUCGGCCUCCCCAACGGUACGCUCAACACGGAGGAACCGGCCGCACCCCUGGUCAACAGUCACCCGAGCCCCGCCACGCCAGACCGGUCAGUGUUGCCCGAUGGCGUCGAGUACGCCUCCGUUAACCUCAGCAAGAAAAUCCGCAACAGCACAGAUAUGGAAGCCAGGCGCUCGGCCGCCAUCUUAUAUCUCGUAGAGUCGGAGGAAGACAAACCACCUCCAGUUCCAGACAAAGUUCUGGAUGAGAAUGACAACCAACAGAUUCAGGAGCUUUCCAAUGGACAGUUAAACUCCUCGUUGUUGACUUCGGAGCUACAGGAUAACAUGUCUCCGGAUGAUGACUUAUCAGAAAUGUACUCCAAGGUAGUGAAGGCGGUUAUUAAGGAAACAGAUCACGACUACAGCAGCAUCGCAGAGAUCAAGGGUCUGGUGCCGGAGUCGACUUCCAGUGAUCUUUACGCCACAGUCAGGGAUGAAUUCCCCAUCGCUCCGGGUUCCCAAUCUCAGGAGGAGCUUACAGAGAAUGGAGAACCGGGGUACGAAAGCAUUAAGAUUCCCAAAGCUGUUGAAGAGACUGAUCAGAGUAACGGGAAAGUGGAACCAGACUAUGAGAGCGUUGGAGAACUGGAUCUGAACAAGGAGAUCUCUCGUCUUUGACCGUGGAUACUGCGAUUUGUGAUUCGACGUAGUGAUAUUUUAAGUAUAAUGCACUUAACCCUUCAUGGGACAAUUCACUAAACAUGAUAUAGCAUAAUUCGCAUAACGUGUAUGAGCAGCUGAUUUACUACAGGAAUUAUUCAAUUAUUGUAGCUAUCAUCCAAACAAAAUGAGCACACCCAAAAAAAUAGUGUUAAAUUUUGCUUCGAUUUUUCAUACUAUACUGGGACUGUAAAGCACUGCUCCAGACACCUAAAGAAAAUAUAAGCCCAGUUAUAAUGAUCAUAGCUAUUGUUUGAAUUAUCACUAUGAUCAAAAGAAAAUCUUAAAUAAUUGAACUGCGCCAGGCAAAUAGUAUUGUGAAUAAAACGUAAGCCACAUUUUGCAGAAGGAGGCAUUUGUGCACUGAAAAUAAUAAUACAACAGCACUAUGCCACAGUGUUAUUUGCUCAUUUAACUUGAUUGUUAGUGGUUAGUGAAAAUGACGCAUGCAAAAGUGCCACAACAGUUUAGUGAAUUCAACCCUGAAUCUUUCAGAGUACAGCAUUUAUGCACCCCUUGUUUUUGAACAUUACUAUUAGAUGGGUUUAGUGUGGUGUUAAGGCCAUUAAGAUCUACUAGUAAACAAUACCACAGUCAUCUUGACCCAGCACAAGAAAUGAAACACCGCUAUGUGGCUCACAAGAGGGUUUGCUAUUGCUACUGUAUGCUAUUACUAUGAAGAUGUGGGUACAGCGGUGCCCCUUUUAUAUCAGCUGUCCUCUUAUGAGACGUAUUCAUAACGUGUAUUAGACGUUUCUUGCACGCUGCAUCUGCUGUGAUCAUGAUACAAUUCAAGCAAAAAAAAAGUUGGUGUACUUACAUUAACCCAAAAAUACAACUAUAGGUACAACAGGACUUUCAGCCAAUAAGGAACUUCACUCGUCUGUAUCAUUCAGAACUGCUUUAGUUCCACAAAA